UGACAUUCAUCGAGUCGAGUUGGAAUAGUAUGGAAUAGUGCGUAGUGUCGUGCCGGACUGUGCACCGAGUAUAUCGAGUGUGCGCCGCACCAGUUUUGUUGAGUAGUUAAGAUGGCGGACGAUGAUUUUGUCACGAUCUCCGAUCCGGAAAAAGUACGUGUUGUAUCGGAUUUUAUACUUCAUUCUCCACCGGGUGAAUUCAAUGAGGUUUUCAACGACGUAAGGGUUUUACUGAACAACGACAACUUAUUAAAAGAGGGUGCAUCAGGGGCAUUUGCUCAAUACAAUAAGGACCAGCUCACGCCUGUUAAGAUCGAAGGUAGUGAUUAUCCAGCGUUAAUAACCGAGCACAAUGACUUGGGCAGCCAGAGGUUUUACGAUGCUCGCAGCAAGCAGAGUUUCAAGUACGAUCAUUUGAGGAAAGAGGCUACAGAUUAUGAACCUUAUGAGCCUGAUCCAACGGCUGAGCCAUGGAGAUCAGCUCUUCAAGAUGAAAUGAUAAGUUAUACUCAGAGCCAUUACAGACACGGUGUUUGUUCGGUCUUUGGGAAGAGUCAAGGAGGCAACAUAACACUAACAACGUGCAUAGAAGACCAUCAAUUCCAACCCAAAAAUUUCUGGAAUGGUCGUUGGCGUUCAGUGUGGACAGUGUCAUUUAGCACAAGUUCGAGUAAUGCUGAAUUACGUGGUAGUCUCAAGGUUCAAGUGCAUUAUUACGAAGAUGGUAAUGUACAAUUGGUAAGCAGUAAAGAGAUUAAAGAGAGCCUACCGAUCACAAGUGAGAAGCAAACAGCCAAGGAGUUGAUACGCAUUGUCGAAGAAUCUGAGAACGAUUAUCAAACGGCAAUAUCAGAGAAUUAUCAGACGAUGUCUGAUACGACAUUCAAGGCACUUCGAAGACAACUUCCCGUUAUGCGAUCGAAAAUGGACUGGAACAAAAUUGUCUCGUACAGUAUUGGGAAAGAGCUUAAGAGUCAAUAGAAAAUAGAUUUUUUUAUAUUAAUUAAAUAAGAGAAUUAAACAAUGAGGAAUGAGGCAUUUUGCUGAAUACAAAAGAAAAAUUAAAAACAGAAUAAUUAUAAUUGAAUAACGAAUCAGUCUGGAGGUGUGAUGUGUACGUGAGUAAAAUGUAACGUGCGCAAAACAAUUUUAUGAAGAAAUAAAAGCAUUCGAGGUGCAGUUGGCGAUCAUUUUUUCAGCCUCAUUCGUCAAGAGAGGGAUGGGAAUGUGUUCAUUGAAUGCUCAGCAUUUAUGGAAUUUGGGCUAAUCGAGCUGCACAAUGAACUGUAAACUAUUUCUCUUCGUAGUUAGCACAAUCAAAAAUUAUGACACAUCGUUGAACGAUUCAAAAAACAAUUCCACAAUUCAAUCAUUUCUCAUGAUAUAUUUUUAUUACUGAAAAAAUAUCAAGUGUAUGUGAAUACGGAGAAUUUUUAAAAACUCUCCUAUUGCAUUUAUAACACUAACUUUUACUACAGACAAUGAUUUUAUAUUGAUGUAAUGACGAAAUAAUUUGUGCGUUGCGAGUUCAAUGGGAAGAGAAUAUGAAUUUAAUUUAUUAAUCUUUGUUUAACCAUUAUGUUUUCAAGCAGAAAGUUGAUAAACUUUUUGGUGCUAUAGGCUUGCCGCACAUUACACAGCCAGACCCAUUGAGAAAUGCAAAAUUCCGAAUGAAAAGUGACCGAGAAAUGAAAGAAUAACUAAAUGCGUGAAUAAAACAAAAAAAAAAUCAUCUUGAAGUACAUAAAUACAUUGUACAUUGUAGAUUGUAGCCUAUAAUCGCCUGCUGGAGCCUUAAUUAAUUUGUUUCAUGUUUAUUUUUUAGUUAUUUUUUUCAUUUUCAUUAAUAAGAAUUUUUGUAUGUAAAUACAUUAUUUCGGAUGAAUGAUAAAUGCCAAGAAUAAAAUAUGCCCCAGCAUUGGAAUAUCUCAAUACACGAAAAUCAAUAUAAAUUAAAGAUACAAAAGCAAAUAAAUACGAUAACAAUCAUUAGUGGGUCUCUCACUGCUGCAAUAUUCUUCGUCGCUCUUCAUGAACGAGAAUCAUUGAGACUGGCGAUCAAUUCAAAUUAUUGAAUUACAUUAAUUUCCAUUCGCAUUUUUACAUAGACGAAAUUAUCAUCAUUACACUGAACGAUGAUAAUACCCACUGCCUGCCUUUGUCAUUGACUUUUAACGAAUAUUGCAACUGUGAAGAAUCCUCCCAAUUUUUUCUUCUAAAGAAAGAGUAAAAAGUCCAAGCGAUGUACUACAAGUUCGUAAUCUACAGAGAAUAGCUGCCUACAACAAAACAGAAUAAAUAAACUGAAUAAAAAUUCAUUUGGGUUACUAACGGUUACUGACUCACAAUUGCGACAUUUUCAUGUUGAAAAUUAAUGAACAACUGCAGAAUAAUAAAAUCAAUUUACUGGUUGAAUGUUAAUAUUGAGCGGGUGAAGUGAUAUGACACUUUGCGAAUAAACAAAUCUGUACUUAAAAGAAAUAUAUAUCAAUUAUUAAUUAUA